AUGGAGAAGUAUUCAAAAUGGAGAGAUCCAGGGACUGGUAUCCAACCCUUCCUACCGCCAGUGACACCGCGUGUAGACUCUAAUUUCCUUGCUAUAUCAAGAAGAGGCAUUCGUCUAGUUGUUGGAUCUAUGCAAGGAAUUGUCAGAAUAUCACUUAUUGCUAUGGUUACUUUGUUAUACAUUCUAUUAGUACCAAUCUCUGGAUCUGCACUUACAAUUAUACCACCUCUCAAACGAUAUUGGAAUAAUGUAUGGACAGGUUUAUUGUUACGUCUUGCAUUGUUUUUGAUGGGAUUCUUUCAUAUCAAAACGGAGACUUUAUCCAUACGAAAAAGUCGCGAAUCAAACCAUGCCGAAAAGCCCAAGGUUCAACAUGGUGAUAUUAUAAUCGCGAACUGGACUUCUUACAUAGACAUUUUAUACCUUGCCUAUAAGUACAAUCCUAUUUUUACUCAAGUUUUCAUGGACUCUGAUAAAGUUAAAGUUAUCGGCCUUUGGGAAGCCAUACAAUUAACAGGUAAGAUGCCCGUGUCGAAGCCGUCAACUGUCGAAAGAUCGUACACCGUGAAAGAACUGUCGGAUAAGGCGAAAAGAGGUAAAUGGGGCCCAGUCGUCGUAUUCCCCGAGGGUACGACCGCCAACGGUAGAGCUUUAUUGAAGUUUGCACCUUUAUUCCAAGAUUACUCGAUGGAUCAGAAUGAUGAGUGCUUCAAAAUUAUGUCGUUUAAGAAAACAAAUCUAAGCAUGUCUGAUAAAUGCGAUUUUCUGGUUUACUAUAAGUCUCGCAACAUUAAACAGUAG